CAGUUUUGGAAAAAGUUUGAAGCCGGUACGGCACGUUUCAGUAAUUUGAACAAAUAACAAAAGCUUUUCCUGCUAUAAAAAGGGGAACAAAAUUUCGUUUCCCUUCUACGCUGAAAUUCCGUAUUACGCAACCCUAAAACCUAACCAUCUCCUCUACAUCGCUGUCAGUCUGUCACGAAUCCUCUCCGUCUCCGGCGUCUCGAAGUCUCAGCAAACGCAUCUCCGUCUUCAUCAAACAUCAGUGCACUGACGGCUUCAUCUGUUCUCAAAUACUGACCUGUUCGUCUUUGACGGGCGACAACUUCAUCUGUUCCUCCGUCUUCGACAAGCCGUUUCUGGCUUCAUGCUUUGGUUUUUAUUUUUCUUAUUGCUUCAGAAUCUUGCUGAGCAGCUCAAGUGUAGCGUGACAGACCUCAAUCGCUUGGUAUUAUAAGCUUCAAAUGAUGAAAUCCAAUAAAACUAUUGCAAGCUCAGGCAAAUAUGAGUUGGAAGAAAGUGAUGGAGAUGAUUAUGAAACCACUUUUGCUUCUUCAGAAGAUGAGGAGGAGACAGAGCGUGAAUUGGUCGAACCUACAUUCGGGGAACUGCACAAGGCACGCGCCGAUGGUUCGCAUUAUGUUUACCGAAAGCAAAAUCAAGAACUGAAGUUUGGGAGAGCAAACAAGAAUAGGUUGAUGGAGGUUAGCACAAAGAAGCCUGUGAGUCGGUUUAGAGAGGCUGUCGAAGCUCCUAAAAAAGUGAUACGUGACCCUCGUUUCAAAUCAGAGUGUGGUAACCUUGAUGUUUAUGAGUAUUUUAAGUUUCAAAUGAUGAAAUCCAGUAAAGCUAUUGCAAGUUCAAGCAAAUCUCAGUUGGAAGAAACUGAUGGAGAUGAUUAUGAAGCCAGUUAUGCUUCUUUUGAAGAUGAGGAGGAGAUAGAGCAUGAAUUGGCUGCUGAACCUACAUUCGGGGAGCUGCACCAGGCACGCGCCGAUGGUUCGCUUCGUGUUUACCGAAGGCAAAAUCAAGGACAAAAGUUCAGGAGAGCCAACAAGAAUAGGCCAAUGGAGCUUAGUGCAAAGAUGCCUGUGAGUCGGUUUAGAGUGGUUGUUCAAGCUCCUAAAAAAGAGGUACGUGACCCUCGUUUUGACCCACGGUGUGGUAAGGUUGAUGUUGAUGGGUUUAGGAAGAGAUAUAAUUUCCUUUUUGAAGAUUAUCUUCCUGCUGAAAAAGAGGAACUGAAAAAGCAACUGAAGAAAACAAAUGAUGCGAAAGUUGUCGAGGAAUUGAAGAAUCGCAUAUCCUGGAUUGAAAAACUAUCAAAGUUUGGAACAAAAAAGAGUAGUGAUGCUGCAAUACUGUCUGAGCACAAGAAGAAAGAGAGAGAAGCUGCAAAACAUGGGAAACGACCCUUCUAUCUUAAAAAAUCUGAAAUCCGAAAGCGAGGACUUGUCGAGCAAUAUAACAAGCUCAAGGCAUCCGGCAAGCUUGAAUCCUUCAUCGAGAAGAAAAGAAGGAAAAAUGCUUCCAAAGAUCGCAAAUACAUGCCAUAUCGUCGACCCAAUGCCAAUGCCAAUGCCGAGCAAUAAAAGUAUUAAAUUUACAAGUUUUUGGUUGGUCAAUUAAAAUAUAGCAAAACUUGUUUUAGUAGAUGGGAUUUUAGAAGGGAGAACUUGGAAGGACAAGCUGGUGGGAAGAGAAGAGGUGACUUGCGGAUAGAAGUUACAAUCUUUUAGUUUUUAAACAAAUACAAAAUUCUCUUGCUUGUUUAAAUGGUUAAUUGUGUGUUCCAUUUUUAUAAUUUUUUAUAUUAUAUUUAGGAAUAUCAACCCUUUAGUUGUUGGAAGCUUGCACUUUUAUUUAAUUAUUUAUCUGUCCAACCAUAUAUUUAAAAUAAUUUCAUCAGUUUUGAUUUCA